GGGGCGAGCGGCGGCGGCUCGGCGGGUACGCCCCCUCGCCCGAGGCCCCCUCCUCUUCUCUCUUCGCUGCUGCUCUAGCUCCCUGGUCAGAGGGCCGGAGCGAGAAGAUGGCGAAGACGUACGAUUAUCUGUUCAAGCUGCUACUGAUCGGCGACUCGGGGGUGGGCAAGACCUGCCUCCUAUUCCGCUUCUCCGAGGACGCCUUCAACACCACCUUCAUUUCCACCAUCGGAAUUGAUUUUAAAAUCAGAACGAUAGAACUAGAUGGAAAGAAAAUUAAGCUUCAGAUAUGGGACACAGCGGGUCAGGAAAGAUUUCGAACCAUCACAACAGCAUACUACAGAGGAGCCAUGGGAAUUAUGCUGGUCUAUGACAUCACAAAUGAAAAGUCCUUUGACAAUAUUAAAAAUUGGAUAAGAAACAUUGAAGAGCAUGCCUCUUCAGAUGUUGAAAGAAUGAUCCUGGGUAACAAAUGUGAUAUGAAUGACAAAAGACAAGUGUCAAAAGAAAGAGGAGAGAAGUUAGCGAUUGACUAUGGGAUUAAAUUCUUGGAGACAAGUGCGAAAUCGAGUACCAAUGUAGAAGAGGCAUUUUUUAUACUUGCACGAGAUAUAAUGACAAAACUCAACAGAAAAAUGAAUGACAGCAACUCAUCGGGGGCAGGUGGGCCAGUGAAAAUUACAGAAAACAGAUCAAAGAAGACCAGUUUCUUCCGUUGUUCACUCCUUUGAUGAACUCUUUCUGAGAGACUGCAGCACACUUAGAGGACCCUUUUCUGCUUCUCUGAAAGCACAGGUUCCCCCAGCCUCAGAGUCACAGCGCCCGGCUGCUGCUGAGAGCACCACUGAACCCAGACUUCUCAACACUGAAUGCCAAGUGGGUUCCAGCCUCAUGGCCUAGCAAGAUAGCAGGCUCCUUUUUUCAAACAUGGAAGCAAUGAAGUGGAGACUCAUGCAGGACCUAACUUGUUUUUUCUUUGUUUUAUUGCCUGUUGCAGAAGCUGCUAUCUUUCUUUUUCACUUUGCACGUCAAUGCUAGCCUUUCCCUGUUAAUAGCACAAUCUUAGACUCGUAUUUACAUGCUUUUGUCUCAUUAAGUUCUAGACAAAUUUGGGCAUUUGCAGAUGUUUAAAAAAGGGUAGAAUAUUUAACGCGGAGGUUGAUACACUAAAAUUAAAGGACAUUUGGCCUGGCUCAUUUGGCCAAAUAUUACUGCAUCAAUAGCAUUCAUUUAAAGACUCUGAUUUGUGAUUUUAUAAAUAAGAAACAUUAAAUUCUGAUAAAAUUUAUCUUAAAAAUUCAUAAAAAUGCCCAUCUGUUCAGCAGAGACCACAAUUUAUUUCUUCAGGUUUUUUAGAGAUUGCUUCAUUUCUGAACUUUUUGCCACAGAGUCUGGGUAGUUGAAUAAAUCACUUUUUCAAUUGAUUACCUCUGCCUAAUCUAUAGAAACUGCAUUUGGAAGUCACCUUAAUCUCACCUUUUCUAGAGGUGGUAUGUGCUAUUCUUAUGUUUGAUUACUAGUUGUAAUUACUCAGUUAUCUAAAACAUAACAUUGUUGUCUGUUUCUGACUUGACUUCUUGAGCUGAAAUUUUACACAGGCAGGGAGAUGUGCCUUUUAGGGUUUUCUUUCAGCGUCUAUUUGUCAUUCUGUCACAUCAGCACGUGUAAUAUUUUUUUUCUUAGGUUCACUCCUUUGCUUGCUGGUUUAGUUGUAAUACCCAAUUCCUGCCACAAUCUGUCUGUAAGAGUUAACGAGUUCGAUUUAGAUUUUAGUUCCCCAAACUCUUACCAAUAGGGAAAGAAGAUUAACUUGAUAUGGUAAUGGUGAAAAUAAUUAUUUUUGUUCUGUUUUUAUUGGGACUUUUUAAAAAAUAAAAAUAAUUAGACCUUGUGCAGCCUCUAGGAAAAGUCUUGCCUUUUCAUUAGAGAAAAUAUGAGCAAGGUUUCAAUUUUAAAACAGCCAUUCUUGAAUGUGUAGAACCCAGUUCCAUCUGUUCAAGUUUGUUCUUAUGGAACUUGGUCCAGUCGUUUGGGCCAAAGCCAACCACAAGCUUCUCUGCCUUUCUCACCAAACGCUGGUCCUGGGAUACCUUUUGUAGAUGUAACUGUCACAUAAGAAAAAAAAAGGUAUGUAAUGUUAACUUGUGUGCCAAAUUCAAAUCAUGAAGUCAUUGCUAUUAUUCUAGCCUUCCGUAUCAACACACAGAAGGGAGAAAUAAAGAGGUAGUUAGGGAAGUAAAUUCUGUUAAUAAUUAUAGUCCCUGUUAGGCCUGUUUUGUUUCACAAAGGUUCCCAUUGGGCUUGAUAGUUAAGAAUGGGAGAUGAAAGUGGAAAGGGAUUGCUUGUUAGCACAGAGAAUUCUGCUUCAAAUUAAGAUGUAUCCAAGGCUUGGACCACUCAACUUUUACUGCCCAUUUGAAAACGUACACACAAUUCAGUGGUAAGAAAUACACCAGAACUAUUUUUUAUGCAUACACUAAACUUACUGUUGAUAGAUUGCAGCCUCCUUGAUUUUUUUUUUCUUUCUGCACUUACCUGUCGGCUUAAAAGUACCUGUUGGUGUUCCAGUAUAACUAGUAGUUCCUUGAUUGAAAGUUGAUUGUAUGUCUGCCAUCUUAAAAUUAGGUACAUUUCUGGAAAGAAAAAAUACUUUCUUAGAAACAUUUUGUACUAAUUUUCUUAAAAAGAUCAUAGCAGUUAAGUUUUCUGGAUGGUAACAAAGUACUUUCUAAAAGACAAGUGCUAUGACACCAUGUAUGAAUGUAAUUCUCUUAGUAAUUUACCUCUGACUAUUUGGUGUCUUAACACUUUGGUUUAUAUCUCAGGGGUUGUCUACAAACCAAAACUGACGUAUUCUGUGGUUAGCUUUUAAAAAAACCAGUGCUUUGCUUUUGUUUUUUUCCUUCUCUCUUCUUUUGUCUUAUAUGGGUUAAUAACUAGUCUCCAUGAACUUCCCUUUGAAAGAGCCUGUAAAAGUUAGAUGAGUCCAAAAGUGUUCUUUGAAGUAGCAGCAAAUUGGGGGUAUAUGCUCUGUUAUAUAGAAAUAAAUUGUCCUUGCUAUUUUCUUACAUUUAGCUUUGCUAAAUUGUAUAUAAUUUGAGCUAAGACCAUAGGAAAUUCACUUUCUGCAUGGUAAAAUGACCCAAUAAAUAGCUCACUUUGCUUAACAAUGUACAUAUAGUGCAUUAUUUUUUCUAUUUGUAGAUGAAUUUAGUGGCAGAUAAUUGUCUGUUCCCUGCUGAAACUGAAGAAAUCUAGUUUUGUGUGAACAUUUUUUGUUGUCUUAUGGAUAAGGUACAUGAAGAUCUUUGCAGCAGUAUUAGUGGUUCAGUGGCUGCACUUUAUUAUCAGUGUGGUAAUUUUUGACAAUGAUUGGACUAGACCCUUUCAAAUAGAGUCUGAGGGUAUCAGACAGUGAAAAUGUGCUGUAACUAAGUAGCAUGUAAAACAGUUGACGUAAAAUGUUUCACUGGGAAUUUAUUUUAGCUAUACUUUAUUUCAGACAGAUUAUGGGAAAAUAAUCCACCUGGGCAUCAGUUAGGAGAUGCUGCAGGGUUUAUUACUAUUUACACAAACAUUUUGUGCAGUCUUUGUUAUCAAUUUUCGGAAAACUAUAUGCUCUUUACUUUGAAGGACUAUUUUUUAAUUAUACCUCAUCUAGCUAACUAGUAUUCUAAUACCUGGUAGAAAAACAGUGAGCCAGCCUUUAUGCAUCCAGUACAAUUUAGAUUGUAUGUUUUGUUUUGAACUAAAGGCAUCAUUGGGAAAAGUAGGAGGUAGUUUAGUUUAGAAUCGAACAUACAUGUCAUAUCUAAUAGCUUAAAAAAAGUAUUAUCUCCCUAUCUCCAUUAUUAAUAAAUUUAGCUGUGCAAUAUAGAUAAAUGUUUGCAGAAAUUCCUAAAUAAGGGACUAUAACUCCAUUUAACAGGUUCUGAAUGCUGAGAAUCUGUAUUAAGGCUUAUAAAGUUUUUUCCUGUGGACAGUAAGUGAUACAUUUAAGCAGACUUUCUUUUCUAGUUCAUGAUUUAGAUUAUUUAAAAUAAAUUUAAUUCUUAAUCUUUAAAGAUGAGCUUCUAAGCUUAAAUAUGAAAACAGCAUUUCAUUAUGUUGGUUUACUUAUCUCAGAUUUUAAGCCCUCAUUUCUGCUAUUGGGCUUCUUAGAAUUUUUCUUUUAACAGAAAAAACAUUCCUUUUUCCUUCUUAUUAUAUCCAAAGACAGGGGGAAAAAGAAUGUCUAAAAAUGAAAUUCCUUGUCCUAGAGAGACCUAGAGGGACAGGAUAUACUAAUAAAAUUUCAAAUGCUAGCACAAUUUUAUAGUAGAAGCAGUCUUUCUUUUAGACUAAUAAAAUUAAUGGAUGUCAUGUUCACUUAUGAAAAAAAUCUUGAUGAAAUUUACAGAAAUGAUAAUUAGCAAUUAUUUUAGGGAUAUUUUCAAAUUUUACUUCAAUUUUUGGAAUGCUUGUGCCAUAUGCAAUUGCAUUUCUUAUUGCCAAGAACUAAUAGAACUUCUUGUUUCACUUUCUACCUUUUUUUAAAAUGUGAAUUAUUACAGUUCAUUCCUAUGGCCUUACAGAUGGGUUUUAUUUUAUUUGUCUGUAGCUGAUGCUGCAGUUCCUUUAAUGCAAAAUACCAUAUAUUUGACUAAAAUAAUGUCCCUAAUGGGAAAUACCUAGUUUUUCCAUAGAGUUAUCCUACUAUGUAUGUUUCCGCAAUUUUAUUUUUGCUCCAACAGCUUAAUGUGAAAAGCUCCUGCAGAUAAAAUGGACCUGUUAUGUGGUUAAUCUUGUUUAAGCCAAUUCAUUAACUGUGUACUGAUACUGAUGAUGCUGUGGGGUUUUUUUUAAAAAAAGGAUUUUAUUCCAAGUGAACUUUUUUUACAAUAAUGUUCAUCUAAAAUAAAAACUACGUAAUGAAAAUA